UCUGCUGGCUCCCGAGAUCGAGAACGCGCUCUGAGUCGCUUCCCCAGCAUGUGUUUACUCCUAAAAGUUCCUGUCACUGUACUAGCAGGAAUAUGUCUACUGUAACGCCUCCUGUAAAUGGCCGGCAUGUUUCUCAUCGACGUGAGUUAGAAGAGCUACCAACGGAAAACCGGAGAAGACAGCAUAUUCCUCCGCCUGUCCAGGGUGGAAGGCAGGCACCACUACACAGCCAGCGGCACCGGACUGAUGUCAGCCAGAACCGCCCUCGAACUGAUCCCAGUGCAACCUGGUCCCGCACGAAUGAUCCCAGUACCAGAGAGCCUCUGUUGGACGACUGUGAGCGAAUGGGGACUCUGUUUGGUUCGCUCAACAAGUGUCUGCGGGGAAUGGGCUUCAGCCAGAUGUACUUUGGGGACAAAAUAGUGGAGCCGGUCGUGAUCAUCUUCUUCUGGCUGCUGCUCUGGUUCCUGGGCAUCCAGGCCUUAGGACUGGUGGGAACUCUGUGUAUUAUCAUCAUCUACAUCCAGAAAUAAUGUUGAUGAUUUGAGUGGUGCUUGCUGAAACUCUGGAGAGGCCUGUACUUAUCCACUCUUGGUGAUUUACGAUGCUUUAUGAUUCUGCAAGUGAUUGUUCAUCUGGAGCCUUCACUUGCUUUCCACAGUUGAUGCAAAUAAUGGAGACUGCAAAAAACAGCACAGAGCCAGAUUAAUGGAUUUGAUCAUCUUGCAGUAUUUACUACAGAGGAGGCUGCAUCAGUUUGGGGUAUUUUUGUGGCUGGUUUGAUUGCAUGCACGUUUAUGUUCAUGUACAUUUUUGGGAGAAAUAUUAAAUGAAUCCCACAAAGAUGAUUCACUAAUGUUUGCAGUGCACAGUUCACUGUGACUUGUGUUGAGUAUAAUACUAAAAGUGUCUCAUUUUGGGCCAGAUGUGGUUGUGAUUGCAUGUCUUUAUUUGGACAGAGAAGGGCUGAUUUAUCGAGUGCAUGAGUGAUGUAGAGGCCUUCAUGCUGUGAGCACAGUAGCUGAGCUCUGUCUCAUCGUGCUUCACUGAGUGCUCAUUCUGCAUCCACAUGUUUCUGCAUCAGGACAGAGGAGGAGAAUCCCGAUGCAUGGAAGUUACAGUGACCUGAUGGGCUUCCGGUGUUUCAAAGAUCAUUCCACAACGACACAAUCUGUUGUGUGUUUUCUCAGUCUGCGCAAAUAUGGCAACUGUUUUCUUUCUUUCUGAUUUUACAGUUGUUAUGAAGCAAAUUGAAGUGUAAUUUCCAAUGUGACAAUAGUGAGACUCGGAGCUGCACGAUGUCACGAUGUGAGUUCACAUAUGGAGUGUGACGAUAUGGAAUUUUGACUUUGAUGCAUACCUGCACCCUCACACAGCCUGCUGAAAAAAAACAGUGUUUUGCAUAUUUAAGAGUAAUAGUAACAUGAACAGCUUAGCUGUUACGCUCAGAUUUCAGGUUUAUAUGGUGGAAUUGUAAUAACAGCGCCCUCCUCUGGUUGAAUCCUGCACUACACCUGGCCUGUCAGAUUUAUGCAGAGAAUCGCUGUCAGCCUGCAUGACCACACAGUGCAUUGUCCGUUCUAACAGAAUUUGCCUUGAUAUCAUUUAUCUAAAUUACCAUCGAACUUUGAACUCCCAUCAGCGCAUUUGAAGAAUUAAUCGGUCGUGCUAAUAGUAAACACAGUCCGUAAUCUCUUAUUACAGUGUCAUUGCCAGAAACACCUUUAGUCUCCUUUGCAAUGAUUCUGCAGGAUUUUAUUAGAUGGUUAAAAUUAUUUGAAUAGAUUUAAAGUGAAUAUCAUUAAUGGAGUGCUAUCAUCCAGCCACACCCACAUAGUAUGACAUGCAUGCUGCUGGGAAAAGGAGAGAAAAGAGGAGACACUGAAAAGUUUAUUUCCCACCUCCAGGAUGACAAGAAGAGAACACACAGUUCACCACAAUAUAAUCAGUUUACUUAAGAGUGAGGUUAUCUAACUGAGCAGGUAAUGAUUUGAGUGGUUCUGGAGUUUUUUUCUUUGACUUGAAAGUGGUUCAUGUAAAGUGGAAAAAUUAAGCUAGCACGAUACACUGGCUAACUUUGAGGACUAUAAUUCCUGCGCCAUGCAGCUGAUCAGAGCCACUGCAUGGUCUCUCUGUGGGCAGUCAGUAUUUCACCUCAGUCUUCCACUUUGUGUUUGCUAGUGUGGUAGAGUCGCUGUGAACAUCAGGCCAGGAUGUUAGAAGUUCCUAAACUAGAACAAAUAAUUUACUGCCAUUCGAAAUGCGAUAAUGAAGAUAUCGUUAUUUUGUUAAACACAAGUGUGUGACAGCUUGUUCAGCUGAAAUCCUAACACGAUUGCCCCAGGCUCAAGAGUUGGGAGUUCGCCUUGUAAUCGGAAGGUUGCCGGUUCGAGCCCUGGCUUGGACAGUCUCGGUCGUUGUGUCCUUGGGCAAGACACUUCACCCGUUGCCUACUGGUGGUGGUCAGAGGGCCCGGUGGCGCCAGUGUCCGGCAGCCUCGCCUCUGUCAGUGCGCCCCAGGGUGGCUGUGGCUACAAUGUAGCUGCCAUCACGUGUGUGUGAAUGGGUGGAUGACUGGAUGUGUAAAGCACUUUGGGGUCCUUAGGGACUAGUAAAGUGCUAUACAAAUACAGGCCAUUUACCAUUUAACAUCACACACUUUAAUGUGUGCUGUGCAAACUAAUCUGUGAUCUCUCGGGUUUCCAAAGAGAAGUACUGAAAGUAGCCAAAAGCUGAAUGCUUAAAACAGCAAAUGCUGAUGUGAGUAAACCCUGGACUCACCUUUGUUCUUGUCUCAGGUUAUUUAAGUAUAUUUGUGUUCAGACGUGCAGGUGUCUACAUUAACUACACUCUAAUCAUGGGGAAUGCAUAAUCACAGAUGGUAAACUACUGAUUUCCAAUGGCCAAGCUACAUUUGUCCCUCCUUUAAGAUGCUGCAAUCAGCUAUUAUCAAAAUAAAUUAUUUUUCAUAUGGCAUUUUGACUGACAAGGAAACAUGUCAUCUAAUGAUAUU